AUGGACCUGCCGGCGGCUUGCAAGUACAUCGUCGAGAACUCGCAGAGCGUCCAAGCGAAGUUCCAGGCCCUGGUCACGCUCCGCGAGGCAGCGAUCCGCGAGUGGGCCGUCACCCCGGCGGAGCAGGUCGUUGGCAUCCGCCGCUGGGCGCUGACGCUGCUCCUGGGCCACGCGGCCUCGCUGGACCGCCUGGUCGCCGCGCAGCUCUCGGCGCUCUUCGCGACGCUGCUCAAGCGCGGGUGGGAGGACACCUCCGACGACCAGCGGCGCGCGACCUUCCACGAGGUGGAGGCUGCGGUGGCGCAGGCGGGGUCGCCGCACGCGCGCCGCGCGGGGAUGCAGGUGCUCGAGGCCGUGGUGAUCGAGUUCUCGCCCGGCACCGCGUCCGAGAUCGGCCUGCCCUGGGAACACCACCACCGCUGCAAGUCGUCGCUGGAGGAGCUGUACCUGCGCGACUUCUUCGCGCACGCGUGCGCGAUCGGGCAGCAGGCGGCGCCGGCGGCAGUCGCCCGGCAGGACGGCGGGACGCUGGCGGCGUGCCUGGCGCUGGUGUCGUCGAUCCUGCACUGGGACUUCGGCAAGCUGAUGUCGUCCGACGGCGCCAUCGGCUCGUCCGCGGCGUGGGGCGCGCGCGGGAACCUCACCGACACCAUCCUGGUCAAACCCGGGGCCGCCUGGCGGGACCUGCUCGUCGGACCGGGCGCCAUGCAGUGGCUGUACGACAUCGUUCCAGUCUCCAGACAGGGAUCGCUGCCGCCGGACGCGGCGGGGAAGGCGCGCGACGUCCUGGUGCAGCUGUGCGGGGUCUGCGGCGACGUGUUUCCGAACCCUCAGCACGAGGACCCCUCGCAGCAACCGACGCUGGUCAAGCACCUGUCUUCGACGCUCCAUGCCGCGCUCGCGCUCGUGCACCCGCUGGACGCCGCCAUCGAGGCUGCGCGGGCGGGCACGGGCGAGGAGGAGGUCGUCACGGCGUGUCGCUGCCUCAACGCGCUGGCGUCGUUCCACCGCGCCCAGCGCUUCGAGCAAGCGAUGCCGGAGCUGCAGGGCCAGGGCGGCGUGCUCGCCGUCAUCUGUCAGCUGACCCAGGGAGUCUACGCGCAGGGCGGCCUCUCGGAGGACGCGGAGGGCACGUGGGUGCACGUGUGCGCGGAGCUGCUGCUGGAGACGUGGAGCUCGCUGCUGGCGUCCGUGCACUACGAAGGCGGCGUCACGUCGCUGCACGAGACCGUGCAGGUAGCCGCCGCACAGGCGUUCGAGGCGAUCGUGUCCUCCGAGCUCGCGAACGUAUCGCGCGGCGCGCUGGAGGAGGCGGACGCUGCCGAGGAGCUCGGCCAGGCGCGGGCGGAGGAGCGCAUCACCGACCUGGCCGCAAUGGGGCGCGCGGUCCCCGCGCAGUCGAUGGCGCGGCUGUCCAGCGCGAUCCACGCGAGCAUCGACGAGCUGCGCGCGUGCUUGCAGUCGCACUCGGACCCCAGCGAGCCCCUCGAGCGGCUGUGCUUCGUGGUGGAGACCGCCGGGGCUGUUUUGGCCGACCCCGGCGAGGGAGAGAUCCCCAUGGUCCCCGUGCCGAUCUCGCAGGCGUUCAGGGCCGCGGACCAGGGCCUGCUGGGCCACUGCCCCGUCGAGCGCCUCGCCAAGUCGGUCCUGGGGGUGUUUUGCCUCCCCCUGGACCCCGCCCUGCGCCCCGCCGCCUCGCCGCGCCUCAUGGAGGUCGCGGGCGCCGCGGUGGCGCGCAUCGCCGACACCUACAUUCUCACGAACGAGGAGGAGCAUUCCCAGGCGUUCCGGCAGUCCUUCGGCGCGGCGCCGGGCCACGGCGCGCAGGCGGUGGAGCAGAUCCUCAACGCGUGCCUGGCGUGCCUCGGCUCGUACCCCGGGGAGGGCGCGCUGCACAGGGUGGUCGCGAAGAAGGUGCUCUUCUCGCUCGUGAAGCACCGGCCGGAGAUCUGCCGCGCGUGCCUCUCGCUCCCGAGCUGGGAGACCCUCACCGACGCGUUCGCGAGGAGCCAGCCGCCGUUCCCGUCGAUCGACUCGAAGCACCACCGCGCCGUCGCGGUGGCCCUCGCGCAGGUCACGCAGGUGUGCCAGUCCUCGGAGCAAGCAGGCGCGUACAUGGAGCGCCUCGUCCACCAGCCGCUCGAGGACCUCACGCACCUCGCAGCGCAGGCCAACCUGCGCCAACUGGCGCAGCAGGGCAACGUGGAGUUCAAGACGCUGUGCCACCUGGAGCGUCUACGUGGGCUGAACGACGGCCUCACGCCCAAGUGCCAGCGCGCGCUGUGGUCGGCCAUGAUGCGGUGCUUCGACCCGAUGCUGGCCAUCAUGCCGGCGUUCGUCGACUCCCCCCUGGUCACCGGCGCCAUCCUCAAGCUGGCGUCCUCGGCGGUCUCCGGCCACGUCGCCUUCCUCUCAGCGUCCGACUUCGACGCGGUCUGCAGCUUCGUGAUGCGCCUGAUCAAGCAGUUCUCCUCGCUCAACCUCCAGCAGGUGCACCUGGCGCAGGCGGGGCCCGAGGCCAUCCGCGAGGGCCGCGCCGAGGACCGCACGCGCGCCCUGACCUCCCUGCUGAAGCUCCUCACCAAGGUCAUGGACAGGGACUUCGUCGAGCUGCUGUCCGAGGAGGGCGCGAGCGCGUACGGCGCCCACGAGGCCCCCGGCACCAUCGCGCUGGCCGGGCUCGACCUCCUGCUGCCCGUCAUGGACCCGGAGCUCCUCCGCUUCCCGCGCCUGUGCAAGUCGUACUUCGCGCUCGUCGGGCUCCUCGCGGAGGCGCACGCGGACCGCGUCGGGCUCCUCCCGGAGGACCUGUUCCUGCGGCUCCUGCGCACCAUCGAGUUCGGGGCCGCGCAGCCGGACGCCGCCGUCGCGCAGGAGUCCAUCGACUCCCUCGCGCACCUCGCGACGUACCACUUCAAGGAGACCGCGGUGGCGAACAACGCGGGCCUCGGUCGUCUGGCCACGGAGCCGCUCGCGGGCCUCGACGGCCUCACGGUGUUCACGCACUUCCAGCACACGCUGCUGCGCCACCUGAUCUUCGAGGACAACACCGCCGAGAUCACCGACAGCGCCGCGGACGCCCUCCUCCCGAUGAUCCUGUGCGACCAGGCGGGCUUCCGGUCCUUCGGGGAGGGCCUCGUGUCCAACGCGAGCGACCCCGCCGUGCAGCAGGUGCUGGCGGGCGCCCUGAACGCGCUCAUGGCGCCGGAGAACACGCGCCCGACGCUCGAGCUCAAGCAGCGGCGCCUGUUCCGCAAGGUCCUGCGGAGUUUUCUGAUCACCGUCCGCGGGGUGCUGCGGCGGCGGUGA